AUGAAGCGCUGCAACGCCACCACCGCCACAGCCGACGCAGUAGCCGACACCGCUGCAUGGCGCAUUCAAGAGUCCCUCCGCCUGUUCCAGCAGGCCACGGCCCUCAACCCCCACAACGUCCUGAACCUCAAGCAGGUCGGCCGCUCCCUCGCGCUGCUGGGCAAGCACAGGCAGGCGGUUGACGUAUACCAGGAGGCGCAGAAGCUGUCCCCCGAUGACUGGGAGCUCUGGUACAGCAGAGGGCUCUGCCUGUCGCACCUGAAAGAUCAGCAGGACUCGGCGCUCGAGUGCUUCGGCUGCGCCAACGCCAUCCAGCCCAAUGACGGCACCUAUAUCCAGAUCGGGCAGAUCCUCGCGGCGCGCGACCAGCUGAGCGCCGCCAUAGACAACUAUGGGGAGGCUCUGCAGCAGAGCCCCGAGAGCCCAGAGCUGCUGACGGCCCUCGGCCUGCUGCUGCUGCGCGCGGGCGACAGCCAGCGCGCGUUUGACCAGCUGGGGGCGUCGCUGCUGCACGAGCCGCGCGGGGCGCGGGCGAUACUGGCGGCGGGGUCCAUAAUCCAGGACCACGGGGACCACGACGCGGCGCUGGUCAAGUACCGCGUGGCGGCAGUCGUGGAGCCCCACUGCCCGCAGCUCUGGAACAACAUUGGGAUGGCCUUCUUCGGGAAGCAGGCACGCCGCUACAUUGCGGCGAUCUCCUGCCUUAGCCGCGCGCUCUACCUGGCGCCCUUCGAGUGGCUGACCGCCCAUAACCUCGGGCUUGCCUACCUAGCGGCCGGCCAGGCGGCAAGUGCGUUCCAGCACCUCUCUGCGGCGGUCAAUCUGAAGCCCGACUUUGCGCCCAGCUACAUGCUGCUGGCCGUGGCGCUGGAGCGGCUGCAGGACCCAGACAACGCGCGCGCCGCCUGCGAGCGCGCGCUGCAGCUCGACCCCCGGGAGCCCCUGGUGCACCUCAACUGCGCUGUGAUGCUGCACAACCAAGGCGACGGCGCCGGCGCCGCGGCGCGUCUGGCCGCGUUCCGCGAGCUGAGCGCCGAGCCGGAGGAGGCGGCGCGGCUGGCGGCUGACCCGGAAGUCGAGGAGGCGGCGGCGGCGCUGGAGCUGGCGCUGGGGCAGAGGGGGUGA